GACUUAACUUUCAAAAAUGAUAAACUACACUGAAUGUUUUCAAAACAUUGUGCAACAAUAAUUUACCGGGGAUAAAACAUUUAAUUUAUUGGUAGACAGUGGGAAACAGUCUGCUGGAUUGUCAUAAAUAGAUGAGUGUUUUAAACUUAUGAGGCAAAAAUGAAAAGAUGUCACAAAGGAAUUCUUGGUGUAAGGAAAGAUCCCAAGAACCAAAUUUUAUUUUCCUUUUCUGCCAGAGAGGGCGAGGAAUGGCCUUCAGAUGACUCGGACUCAGAUUUUUUACCAUCAGAUGAAGAAGACAUCAACCUGACCCGGAAAAGGAAGAAAAAGAGCAAAGGAGAUAACAAACAGAGGAGUGAGAAUCCUGCUGUGUCAGCUGAUACCAUGAAAAAGGGGGUUUUGUGUGCCAGCCUGCCAGAAGAGAUAUGGAAUUACAUUUUUCAAAUUGUCAUAAAAGAUUCUGGUCCAUUGCCUUUUCUUUGCAGAGCAUCAAAAGUAUGCAAGAUGUGGCAUGAUUUGGCGAGUCGUCCUUUAUUGUGGAAAAAAGUAGACUUGUCUUUUGGAUGGAUACGUGCCAAACAAAAUACCUUGAAGUGGUUGGUCAAAGAGAGGCUCUCCCAAUGCACAGAUCUUAACCUUACAAGCUGGACUAUAACUAAUGAUCAGUUAAAGAUGGUUUUACGGAACUGUGUAGAAUUGAAGGGUGUGAAUCUGACACAUUGUAAAAAGUUAUCUCAGGAUGGAUUCAUGGCCUUGGUGGACAGUUGUCCAAAUUUGGAGAAACUGGAUGUCUCCUUCACAUCAAUCAAUGUCAAUGCUAUCAAAGACAUUGUCACAAGGCAUGGGCCACAACUCAGAGAAUUACACAUUGGUGGAAACUACUACCUGAACUUUCCAGCCCUGGCAAACAGUAUAUUUGAGAACUGUCCAUGUCUAGAAGUGCUUGAUGUGUCCAACUGUCGAUUUUCUGGAGACUAUGUGAGCUUAGAUGUACAUAAGUUUCAGACAGGAUGUACAAAACUAAGAGUCCUUCGAUUGGGAAAUUCAAAGUUUAGGUUGAAGAAAACAAAUGAGUGUCUCCCAGGAUUUGAAGAACUUACAGAGCUGAGUUUGGGUUGCUUAGAUUCCACUAAAAGUGGCGGCAUUAACACAGCUUUUGUAUAUGAUAUACUUCUGAAAUCUUCCAAAUUAAAGCUUUUGGAUCUUGGGGGCUGUUGGAGCAUGGAGGAUAUGACACCCCUUCUGAGCCUUCCUUUUACCGAAUUAGAACAACUUUACCUUUCUAGUUCACCAAUACGUAUGAAUAACCUACUUGGGCCUCUGCUUCAAAAAUGCAGACACACUCUGAGAAUCCUCCAUAUUGAAAAAAAUAUCUUCAGUGGAGAUGAUUUGGCUACUGGUCUCCAAGAGUUGUUUCCCCCUAAUAGUACCAGUGUCCUAGAAAUGGUGAACGCUGCCGAAACCAAUAUCAGUCAGUCCAGUGUUGAGAUUAUUCUUCGUCAUUGUCAGAAACUUCAGUAUAUUAAUUUAUCAUCAUGUCGUGCUCUUCCAAGAGGAAUUAAGCGAGAGUACAAAAACAAAGAGAUUGCAAAACUGAAGUCAUUUUGUGGAAUCAAGUGAAAUUGUGCAGCAUAUAAAAUUUGGUACUUUGAUCAAAUAUGGUAGCAGCCCUCUUUUUCCUUUCAAUAUGAAGCCAAGUCUUAGUGGAAUUAAAGGCAGACAAAGUGAUCAGUGCGGUGUUGUGGAGAAUGUGCGUAUAUUGUUCACAUAAUUAUUCCUGUGAACAUAUUAUUUUCAGAGACACAAUAAUUCAAACACAGGAUUUUUUUCAGGAUUUCAUUUCUUUAUAGCGACAGAAUAUCUGGUGUCACCAUUGAUGAAUUCAUGUUUACAUGUAUUUAAUUACACAUGUAUAACAGACAUCAUUUUACAUAAAGCUUCUGUAUACUAAUAUUAUUUUUGCACUCAGGAUAAUGUCAGGGAUUGUAUUUUUGAUAAGAAUUUACAACUGUUUCCAGGUCUGCUGUGCUAUUUUCACAUCAUUUGUAUUACAAUAUAAUAUAACAGAUAUUGCACUUACCCGGUAAACCUUUCUCUUGACCUUGUACAAAAUAUUUAUGAAGCAUUCAGGUGUUUGUUUUACUUUUGAAUAAUUUUGUACAUAAAAUUCUUAGUUAUGCAUUUGAAUAAUUUGAUUGGAAAGUUUGUGAAAGAUGAUGGGUUUGUUUAUUUACAGUUUCUGUCCAUUAUGGAAUGCAAAUUAAUCUAAAAACCCUUCAUGAACAAUAAAUACAUGUAUCCAGUAUAUAUUGUAUAGAGACAUUGUCCAUGAAAGAACAUUUUUCAGGUAAAGUGUUGUAUAAAGAUUUACAAAGAUGA